UGGUGGUCGAUUUUCUUUUUAUAGAAGAUGGGGUGUGCUAGCAGUUCUCCACUUGUAGAAAACGGAAAAAACUUCAUAGAAGGUGCUAAAGAUUCAGUUUCGGAGACGUUAACAAAAGGAGGGAAAGUAUUGGAAGAUGUUGGGGAAACAGCGAAAGAGGGAAUCUCAUCAGGACUGGAUACAGUGAAAGAAACCGUUCAUACAGCCGUCACUACCGCCGAAAACGGCGUCGAAAACGUUAUGGGAAAACUAGGAGAAACUUUUAAUUUAGCCUCUUCCAAAGCAACAGAUUUACAUGAAGACAUCGAAUCUAAAAAACACGAAUUAGUAGCGAACGUUUCCGAUACAGCAGCCGAAGCUAUUUCCGAAGCUGAAACAGUGGUAGUUUCCGAAGCUGAAAACGCUAAAGAAGCGUUCACUUCCAAAGCAUCGCCAGUAUUUGAAACUGUUCAUUCCAUAGGUGAAGAAAUGGAACACAAAGCAUCCGAAAUACAAGAAGAUGGUAUUGAAUUUAUCGAAGAUAUAGAGGAACACGUUCUGGGUGAUAACGUCCACAAAAUGGAAACAAAACCGGAAGAAAUCCUUAAAACGACAUCUACAGAAUCACCUGUAAAGGAACUGGUAAAGGAGGAAUUACAACCGACAUUUUGGGAGGCUGCAGCCGAUGCUAUAUUACUCCAAAGGACAAUAAAAUCUAUGGAUUUUCGCGACGUAGGUAUAGACAAAAAAAAUUACAACCAACAAGAAAUAUAUGACACUACAAAUGAAUUAAUAAAAGAUCACGUAAAAGAUACUGUUAACGAUUGAUUUAAUCGUUGUCGUUUCAAGAGUCUCAUGUUUGUAAUUUUCUGAAAUAUAUUUUGCUCACUUUGUAAAUUGAAACUUUAUUCGACAUUUCGUGGUGGUUCAAAAAGUUUUAUAUUAAUAAAAAUCAUGAAA